UUGUACAUGGAAUACAUUAAAAUUUUUAAUGUAAUCGAUAUUUUAUAAGAACCCACAAAAACUAAAAAGAUUACUAAAUAAAUAAUGUUCUUUUUGAACUAUUAAUUAAAAUACUAUUGUAAAAAUGAUGGCUGCAAGAUUUAUUUCAUUCUUUUGUGUAUUUAUGAUGUAUUUUAUCGGAACUCAAGCUUCUAAUCACUGGAUGGUCACUGAAAGUGGUUUAAUUCAACCUAGGAUUGACUCGCCUUUCAACUUGGAUCGCCCUUACGAUCUCUUAGCAUUUUUAAAUCAGGAAAAAAGAUGGGAUACUGUUUUUGAAAUUUAUAAUGAUCUAUCAAGUAGACAAGCAAUUAUUGAUACUCUUUGGGCUGAUGUUGAAAAAGACACUAAUAUGGGAGUUAAAAUAGCGCAUAAUGAACAUUGUGUUAAAGCUGGUAAUGUGAACGUUAUAGAUUGGUAUGCGGCUCUGUUAGAAGAUGGAUCAAAGAAGAUCUCUGGCAAAGAAUUUCUUCUGCCUAUUCCUUAUUAUGGCCCUAAUACUGACAUGCCCGAUUGCAAACGAAUCUCUUCAUUGGCAUUUAGUAUGUUUGCAUUUGAACAUUUAGAAGGUAUGUUACAACGAGACAAUCUCACUGUGAAUCCUGAAUUUGUCCUGCCAGAGCUGAUAUCUCCCAUCAUGACCCUAGAUCAAUUUGGUCACUGGUUGACAACUAUGCUUCAACGCAAUAACUCCUCCUGGCUGUAUUAUCACAUGGCCUCACUGUAUUGGCGGAUUAGGGGAAACGCACCUAAAGCUAUUGAGUGUAGCCGACGUGCUUUGCACUAUGUACCGAGGGUGUAUAAAGAUAUUGCUCUUGGAAGUCUUGGAAUGAUUUUACACAGAAGCAGCAAAACCAACGAUGCUAUAGUGGUUUUAAAUGCAGCCAUCGAUCAUGAUCCAAAUAACUAUGUUAGUCAUUUUGCUAUUGCAAAUGCCUAUACAGUCAUUGGAGAUUUCAAUACUUCUAUAAAGUAUUAUGAUAAAACACUUAAGUUAAAUCCGAGGAUGGAAUUGGCUGCGAAACAUAAGUCUGGAACGCUGUGCCACGCAAAAUUAGGAUUAAGAAUUAAGUCAAUUAGACAGACAUUUAACAAGUUGCGUGAAGAAUUAAAGGAAUAUACCAAGAAGGAAACGAAAUAUCUUAAAGUGCAGGCUGAGUUCCUUGGCACUAUAAGACAUCCUGAUGAUUUCGAAUACAGAAACGUAGACAAAACAUUCGAAAGAAUGGCUGAGAUAACGGGUUUGAAAAUGAAAGAUAUGAAAAUGAAAAUUGAUAAAAAUUCCCUUAUAAAGUAUUUUCUGGACGGUCUCAUAUAUAACGACGACAAGUUAGCCAGAGCCGGCGUUGAUGGCAUCGAUACGAUAUACAGCUUAGAGAGGCUUGUCAUACACAUCAAUACAAAUUCAAACGGUCAGAACGAACCGUUCCAUGACCACCCCAGUUUCUCUAUUAACAUUAAGGAGAAAGUCAAACCUUCCGAACAAAAAACUGCAAAACCGGUUUCUCGAGAUGAGAAGAAAGAAUACCAUCUGGUCAUUGAGAAGAAACCUGCUGCGGAUGAAGAAUUAUCAGAAUUUGAGACUGGAAUUAUUAUGUAUCCCCCAACUAUAACAAUAAAUAGGAACAUAGAGGACUUUGACAAGGAGAUGGAGUGGCCAUCGAAUAAACUUUGCAAGGAAUCAGCCCAUAAAUUCCCUGAGAAUGUUGAGGCUAUAUUCCCUGUCUUCUUGCCUUUCGAGAACAAAGGCAUUAGAAUGAAGUCUCUAUUAACCGAGAAGCUCGGCGUGGCAUUAACCGAAGAGUACGAGCUGCCGUGGUAUCCGCCAUCUUGUGACCGGGAUGGGAGUUCGUCGGGAAAAAAAUCACACAAACCUCAAUUCACAUAUGAAGUGGUGGACACGGGGUUUUUGAGGCAAAAGUUAUUGGAAUAUGUGAGCGAUGGAAAGAGUGAGGACGCGGCACACAUGCAGGACGCCGAAAUAGGGCAUAGGAUAUACAUCGCUAUGAAGAAGAAACUGGCGCCACGUUGGUUGAUACUAACUCUCUCAUCUUUGUACUGGAGAGUCCGAGGCCAGCCGUGGUCCGCUCUGAGUUGUCUUCGCGCCGCUGUUAAGGUGGCGAAGCCGCGCUAUAAGGACCUGGUGCUGGUUUCUCUAGCCUCCGUACAGUUGGAAAUAGGUCUGGCUGAUGAAGCGAUGACUAACGCCGAAGAGGCCUUCCGCAUGAGCUUCUAUGAGCCAGCUACAAAUUUCCUGAUCGCUGAACUGAGUAUGCUCCGCAAACAUCGGAACACACACAUGUUCCACUUGAAGCAAGUGGUUAGAGUUGAACCAGGUUUCAUGGGCGGUCUUGCCAGGGAGCUUCUGCUGGCCUGGGCCUGUAUACUGAAACAGGUCGUCGCUCUGAGAGAGAUGGAUUACGUGAAGGGCGCCAUCUGUACUCAGGUUCAACCGCUCAUGGACUUAGUCUGUCAAGAGGACGAAAUCAACUGUAAAUCGCCCAACAUACAAUGUUAUACCAAUCACGACACGAGCUCUCUCGUCCGCAUGAUGGACGAAUCCGAUACGGACUCCCUUUUCGCGAUCAGUGAAAAUUUCUUUGAUCCGCUCAUCGAGAACACUCCGGCCGACCGCGGUGAGAGAUUAGCCCACCACGCCAACUUCGACAGCAUGAUAACAACCAUUGAGUCUAUAUACUCCGGAUGCGGGAACAAGAAAUGUGCAAAUCUUGGUCCAGAAGAGGCCGGUGUUAAAGAAGAGGAUUGUAAUUAUCAGCACCUACAAAUGGGACAUUGGUUUCACAUCGUUAGCUUCAGGCAACUGCUCGCAGAUUCCAAGUUAGAACUACCCACAGAAAUAUCAUCAAUACAAGUGAAUAGUAAGAAGAUCCCUGAAUGUCGUCUGCCGGCCGAGUUGGACGACUUCUACUUGGAGAAGAUCGCUCGAGCUGAUACAGAGGGUUGGAAACCCGUCAUGACACUGAUGCAUCAGUUCUCUGAAAUGUUUGACUCAUAUGACUUCAAUACGUUGGGCUCGAAGAUCGCGAAGUAUGUGGAUAUGCGUCCUCGUUGGUGGGCGGGUCUGGUGGCGGCCGGCUGGUGGUGUGGUGCCGGUGGGCGCGGGUCGUGCGCCGCUCGCUGCCUCGCCGCCGCUCACAGAUACGCUCCAAACAAAUACGCUACUUACCCACUAAGAUCCCUGGUCGCCAUGUUACAUAUGCAAUCAAAACAACAGGACGCCAAACAGAUCGCCUACCUGUCUUUCUACAUGUCACCCAAGAAUAAAAUAGAGGCUUUCCUUGUAGCCGUAUCACACGCGUAUCUGGCCGAGUACGAGCAAGCUAUGUGGAUGUAUCGUUAUGCUCUCACUUUCGACGCUGACUUCGUUCCGGCCAAAGCGAGCAUACAUUCAACCAUAUGCCUCCUUUUAUAUCGUGACGGGAAAGCACAAUUUAUGGAAUAAAUUUGCAUGAAAUUUUAAAAAUUAUAUAUCAAUAUAUAUUAUUCCGAUCGCCCCAGUGUCGACUGAGGAAGAUAAUCUUGGUUAAGUAUUUUCUUUGUCAUUUUGUGAAUUUUCUUAACCUACUUGAUAUUAUCUCAACAACAAUAAUAACUUGUCUUGUAAGUCGCCAUAUUGUAACUGUUAGCUUAAAUAACUGCAGUUUAUUUAAUAAUUUUGUAUCCCUUCUCCUUCGAGACUUUUGGACUUUGUUUGACAAUUUUAUGUUUAAAAUAAUUUAAAAUUCAAUGUAAGUACACAAAAGCCCGAAUCGAAUGAUUAUUUUUGUAAUGAUUUUUUAUUUUAUUUUUUAUAAUACAAAGAUUCGUCGACAUUUAGUUAAACUAAGUACUUAAUGAUCACAAAACUGUUAUCUAGAAAUGUAUUUUGGCAAGUGUGUUCUAUUGCAUUAUAAAAACGAAUAAGCCUGAUAUUCAAAAAAAAAAAAAUUGACAUUAUAAUCUUCUUCCAAGACCGUUCUUCCCAAUUAUUUGUGGUCGGCCUAGUCCUGCGUUUCAUAAAGGGCGAUUUGUGGCGAGAGCUUUCUUUUGGUUUUUUUCAUUCAAGUCCUUUUGAACCGUCGUCAGCAAAGUGCCGGGGGGCCUGCCACGUUUCCGCUUCGUCGUUGGCAAGUUCAAUGCAUUUUUGGCCAUGUGGUCUUCCGGUCUUCUUUGAACAUGGCCGUACCAUCGUAAGCGUUUCUCUAUAACUUUAUCUACAACGGGAGCUUCUUUGAAGCUACCUCUGACAUACUCGUUUCUAAGUUUCCACGUUUUUGUCGAUUGUUCCAUCGUGACUUAUAAUAGAACAUGGAUAUUUAAAAGUAUCUACCUGAGGAAGCGGGGUGUUCUCAUUGUACACUUUGAUGUACUCUCUGUUUGUGACACAAUCAGAAACACGGAUGUAGGUCACAUAACUUCCGUGUGUGGCUGAGGGUUACGUUUCCUGGGAUGUUCUAUGUUAAGAAUGUGUUUGUAAUAUUCAACCCAUCUUGAUUUUACUUCAUCGUCAUCAGCUAAGAACUUAUCAAUUUUGUCUUUUAUAUAUUUUACGAAUGGUAUAUCCUCUGUGCUUUGAUAUCUACUUUUUGCUAUUUUAUGGACACCGUAUCGUGUUGUCGCCAUCUCCAGGUUUUUAUAACAUUCUUGGCUGGAAAUAUGUUUAGUGAGUGCCAUGUGUCUCUUCGUUUCUUUCUUUAAUUGGUCACAUUUUAAACGGUCUGAUCCUUUUCAUGAGGCUACUUUAACUUUUACAGAUUCGUCCCACCAGUUUGUUUCCUUAAAGGGACCUCUUCUUUUCUUCGCUCAUCCUAGAUGGUUGUCUGCGUUUCUUGAGUAGGUAUCUCUAAUAAUAAUUUGUAAAGUACGUCCCAGAAUAUAUCUUUAUUAAAUUCUUCGCUUCCCGAUCGUGGAGCGUAAAUCGAGAUGAUGUUCAUGCUUGGUUGGUUGUCGAGGGUAAUUUUGAGUAUUAUUCGAUGGCUUACCCUAACGAAACUUGCCAAUCUCCCGAUAAGUCUUCCGAGAGUAUUACGCCUACUCCAUUUCUAUUGUUAGUUUCGCCAUAAUCAAUCAAUUUGUAGCCGUUGCUUAUGUUUUUAGAAUUUGAGCCCCUCCAUUUACUAUCUUGUAAACAGCAUGCAUUAAUACAACGCCUCUUACGGCCGUCACUGAAUUCUGACUUCUGUCCGUCAUAGAACUAACGUUAAACAUAGCAAUUCGUAGCGAUGCGCAUCUGUAGUUCUGACUGUCGCUUCGGCGGGAAGCCCUAACAUAUAUACUCAUAUUCUUAUUUUGUACUCCCAUAUUUGGACAAGGAAAGGGUUUGGCUGUGUUAUUUUACGACCUGUUGUUACCUGACGUGACCCUCGUGGAGGGCCUGGGGGCCGCCGUUGACCCGAAAGUUCUUCCGCCGCCUCCCCUACUGAGUCCUCCACCCAGCACUCAGCACGUCUGCAGCCUUUACUUAGAAUAUGUCUAAGAAACCUGUAGAUGGGGUUUGAUGACGGAGUUUCCAUCUCCGGCCUUGUGGUCCGCGGGAGGUAUUUUGUUUCUCUUCUGCCCCCUGGAAAGAUUUAUCCUUUCAGCGAGCAUCCCACUAUCCGCCGCUUGUGGACGCGGGCUCGGGAAUCAGGCUACCUCGACCCCUUUAUGACAAUAUAAUAUUUCAAUUAUCAUUGAAACUAACAUAUUUAUUAACAGCUUCAAAGAGUUAUAUAAGAGUGUCAUAUCCUGAAUAGACAAUAGUUUUGCCUUUCCAGUAAAUGUUUUUUAAUCUGUCAAUGACAAACGUCACUGAUGACAGUUCACAAUUCACAUCAAAUAGAAUUCACAAUUUUUCUUACGUUAAAACAAUUUAGAUUUUCUAAUCGUAGUAUUUUCAAUCAAGCCUUACAAUAUAAUGUUUUUAUAUUAGAUAUUAAUGCAUCUUUUACCUUAAUAAAACAAAUUCACAUAAAUAAACUCUGUAUUAUGAUAGUGUUACAUACAUUUUUAAUCAACUUAUCGUGUACUAAGUAAGUUAUAGUAAGUGUUUAACAGAUUCUCGUAUUAACGGUAGCAGUGGUAUAAUCAUUCAAUAUAUGAAUCUCAGUAAUAAUCCAUAAGUGUGUCGAAUAUAAAUUUUGAUCUUUUAUUUUUGGGAACAAAAAAAUUAUAUUGCUCAUAAUUUGAUUCUGAUCAAAGAACAAAUGAUAAUUUUAUUAUUAUGGCCUUUAUUUUGAUUUUAAAUCAUUAUAUGUUACGUUAAUCGCAUUUACACACACCAGUCAGUUGUGUUCAAGCAAAUUUUGAAUAGUUUUUUUUUUAUUUAAUUUCAUAGUUUCACAGCUCUCGUAACACACUAAUCGAUUUCUUUUUAAGGUUGACACAUUUAGUUUACUAUAUUUUAGUUUCUUAGACAGUAAUUUUUUACUUGUAUUUAUAAUGUUUGUAUGAAUUUUGAAAAUUUAUCCGCUGUCUCUUCCUAACACAAGCUUCCAUUGUAAUUCAUAUCUAGACAGUGUGUCAUGAAUUUUCUUAUCUCAAUUUACUACAAUUACGUUUUACUUUUGUUAUUUUUGUGUUUCCUCUAUUCUGUCUAUUUAGAAACUUCAUUGAAUCAGUACAUAAUUAUUUUUAUUACAUUUUAUUUAACUGUCAUAUUCGAGGCCUUAUAUUUUGUUAAUUGAAAAAUAAUGUUCUUAAAAAUUGUCAUGUUUGUUACAUAAGUGUUAUUUUUUUUGUAUUCGCAUAGUGUUUUAAGACUGAUGUUAAUUUUGAUUAUUCUAAUAAAGGACAAUUAUGAAUA